GUAUCAAUUGCGCAUAUCCUCGAACUUCGCAAAAUUUGGGACCUUGACGACCUUUCGACAAACAACCUCCAAAUAAAUCAUCAUGGCGCCAGCAGUCGCAAAGAAGCAAAAGAAGAAGUGGUCCAAGGGAAAGGGUAAGAUUGAAAUCCGCGCGAACUGCGCUGCACACCAUCUCCAUCACCAUCUUUGAAGAACCUCAAUCUGAUAUCCAAUACCAGUCAAGGACAAGGCCCAGCACGCUGUCAUUCUCGAUAAGGCUACUUCAGACAAACUCCACAAAGAUGUUCAAUCAUACCGUCUCGUCACAGUCGCCGUCCUCGUCGAUAGACUAAAGAUCAACGGAUCGCUCGCACGAAGAUGUUUAGUGGAUUUGGAGGAGAAGGGAAUCAUCAAGAAGGUUGUUUCGCACAGCAAAUUGAGCAUUUACAGUAUGUAUUUCUAUCCAUCAGAAAAAUGCGCGAUCUUUUGGAAUAGUCUAUUGAUAUAUUUAAUACAGCUCGUGCGGUCGCUGCUGCGGAAUAAAGGAAUCAAUACCUGUUUUUGAAAGAACGAUGUCACGGCGAAACCUCCCUUCGACAUUGACCAGGUGGUCGACACGGUAGAUGAGGGAUAUGGGGCUGGGCAUAUGCAACGGGCAUGGGACUUUUUUUUUCGGUGUAGCAACAAAAUCGAAUUGCUUCUGAAAUCCAAACUAUGUCUUUCCGUGUGACGGCGGAAUAUGAACCGCCCAUAGUGUGGGCUCUGACACCGUGAUAUUUAUGCAGGGUGAGACUUUGAUAUGAGAUCCAAUCGACUAUGCGGUUGGGGUGGAGAUAUGGGCUUUCUGAUACGCGAGUACAUUGGUGGCGAGUUUGCGACUUGAGGUUAUGGAAUUAUGCAGUUUGACCCGACUUGCACAAUAAUACAAGAGCCCAUAUCAAGGCAAUCCUACGAUCUCUUCUCCCAGUAUGCUUGGUUGAUUGAAGGUCUCAAGCUUCUGCGACCAAGUGAAGUCUCGUC